AACAAUCCUUGGAUAAUUUAAUAUACCUACAGGCUACAAGCUGCGAGCCUUACUUAUUACUUGUAAUUCUGUGAUCAAUUUGCAUUCGGAUAACUUACAUAAAAUCGUUUCGUCUAUUGAAGAUUUUGUAAAAAAAAUCGUAAGAUGACUACUUUACGACCUUUCAGUUGUGACGAUUUAUUUAAAUUUAAUAAUGUCAAUUUAGACACUCUUACAGAAACCUAUGCAAUACCUUUUUACAUGCAAUAUUUAGCUCAUUGGCCUGAGUACUUCCAAGUUGCAGAAUCACCUACUGGAGAAAUAAUGGGUUAUAUUAUGGGCAAAGCUGAAGGACAACUCGACAACUGGCAUGGUCAUGUAACGGCAUUAACUGUCGCUCCAGAAUACCGUAGACUGGGGGUAGCUGGCUUCUUAAUGAAUUGGCUUGAAGAAAUAUCUGAAAAGAAAGACGCGUGGUUUGUUGAUCUUUAUGUUCGAGUCAGCAACACAGUGGCCAUAUCUAUGUACAAGAGUCUUGGAUAUACAGUUUAUCGUACCGUGUUGGAGUACUAUUCAGGAGACCCAGAUGAAGAUGCAUAUGAUAUGAGAAAAGCGCUAUCCAGAGACGUAGAAAAAAAGUCGAUAAUACCCUUAGAACAUCCUGUGAGAUUAGAUGACUGUGAUUAGAUUGUCAAUACGUAUACUAUAAAUAUAUAUUUUAAUUUGAGAUUAAA